GUCCGUUUUUGACGUUGCGCUUCACCGCGACAUUGGUAUUGCGGCUCUCAGAGGAACCCUUGCCUGAACAGGGUCCUGGUAGUAUUAGGUAAAAAUGAAGCGGAAACAGCACAAAGAUAUUUUAUGGUCGGCAAUUGAGCUAGGUGAUGAGCGCUGGAGAGAAUAGGCUCCCGCCAAGCUCAAAGGACUAGUUGCCUCUUUCGGUCGUCUGAUCCCAAUAUUCCAAGAGUUUCCCAUCCCCUACUACAAACGGCCCCCAACGCCCAGCCUUGCCCAGAUUACAUGGGACGCUAACUUCCCCAUACCCAACCACUAUAGCAUGUUUGGAAUUAAUAUACUUAGGUUAACUCUGUUACCUAUCGAUGGACGCAACGGGAUAAAGAGCGGUUGAUCUUUAAGGACGGCUUACAGGUCUGGAAAAAUGAGGCUCCCCGGCUUUCUCGUCAACGUGUCCAUCGUGACCCUCGCGGCGGCGCUCACUCCCUAUGAUUCGAAGGAGUGUAGCGCUGCUGGUAGCAUACAGUUCAAUGAACUUAUACCUGAGGACGUCUUUGUCCGCUGUGCAGAAACCACCUACGAGUGCAAUAGCACUAUCCACGGUGGAAAAUGGUUCAAAAUCAAUAGCACAAACGAACCUGUUCCUGCCGAUUGCAAAAAAGACUUAUAUAACCUACAGACCGCAGCCGCCUUCAGUGGGCCGCUGGCGAUGCCUGGCUUAACCGAACUAACUUCGAUUGCUUUCCGGGGUGGUUAUGUCAAAGACGAAUCGACCGGCGAAUUUACAAUAGAAGCCACCAGAAUUAGCACCAUCGAUCUACCAGAUCUUGUUAAUAUCACCAGGUGGGGGUUCGUGAUCGACAAUACAGCUUCGAUCUCAAGCUUGAACGUACCGAAGCUCAAACAUGUCGCAACCAUCCUACAGCUCAACUUUACAGGAGGGCCAGCUCUGAAUUUGUCUUUUCCGAGUCUGAUCGAUGUCGGUGUCGGCAUCCAACUUCAUGGCGAAAUCGACGCUCUUGAUCUCCCCGCUCUAAACAGUACGGGGAUUUGGAUUGAAGCCAAGGCUUUUGAUCUCCCGUAUGAGAAUAGAACGGGCUAUUCAAUUAGUGUCAACUCGACUGGAAAUCUCGAUUGCAAUGCUUUUGCAGCCAGCGUUGUGAACGCGACUAACUACGAUGGUCUUGGUGUAACGUGUAAUUCAAAGAAGGGAAGCGUCACCCUCAAGCAAGUGAAGCCGCCCGAGGACACUAGUGCUGCAUCCAAGAUUCGGGGGGGCUUCCUAGGCUCGGUAGCUCUUCUAGCAUUUAUGUUUGCCUUGUAACGAAGACAAAAUACCAACAAAUAAAAGCGGGAAAAAGGUC